GCGACUUUCUUAUCUUUACGCUGAAGAUUUUCAGCUUCAGAGAAGAUGCAAUACACCAAUAGACUCAUAAGCACCUAUCAAAGAGUUAUCUUUGUGCCAUGGCCAACAAGAGGCAGAAGGCGAUAAGUCGUUCGAUCCAUCGAGCCCUCAUACGUGACCAAGAAAACGAAGUAGAGGCUAGGAGAUACAAUGUCUUGACCUUACUGUUCGCCUUUCUCUCGAUCUGGCAAAUACGUCUUGUCCGAAUAUCGGCUGAGUUAUUCAAGAGUCUUCGCAAUGAAGUUUGGAACAUAGAUGAAGCUGAUUACGUCGACUCGUUCGUAUGCAAUAAGGAAAAGGUAGGAGGAGAUGGUAUACAGCCUAUGGGGGAUCUGGGUUAUUCUGGCUCGACAUUUUUCAAAACUGCAGAUUCAAAAUUCCUGAUCAAAAGUCUACCCCGACGCUCAGAGCAUUCUUUCUUCCAGGACGACUUUCUCCGACCAUAUUACGAUUAUAUGAAGUCUAAUCCAGACUCGUUCCUCGUUCGAAUAACAGACUUCCUAGGGACAGCAUAUUCCGCAAUAGGCACACUGUGUCAAUGCACGCCAUCACAUCAUGUCAUCAUGGAAAACGUGCUCUGCGACAGGGACGAUGAUGCACGAAGAGCUGAACAAUGGGAGACAUACGACCUCAAACCUGUUGACUACUUCUAUCCGGAGCGGGAUCUUCUUCCUGAGCCACUGACCAGUGAGGAAACCAUGUCACGCUUAUUCGACGAAUUCAAAGAUAAAAUACGAAUCACAAAACAACAAUAUUCAGAGUUCAAGAGAAAAAUCGAGGAAGACACCAAAUUCCUCAGAUCAGUAAACACAGUUGAUUACUCCUUGUUUCUAGUUAGAUACCCAGCUUAUUUACGUCCUCGGACGCCGACAGAUCGGAAAAGCGAGUGGCGAGAAGGCGCUAUAUCGACAGAUGGUAAAUGGAAAUAUAGGGCUGUGUUACUGGACUUCUUUUGGGCAAAACAUAAACUGCAGGCUCAAGCUAUGACUGGUGUUGUGCAGACGUUUAACGUUAUUGGACGCAAGGGUCCGAUGUCUAUUACCACCACGGCUGAGGAGUAUCGUGAGAAGUUCCUUCAGAUGGUAGAUGGACUUGUUGAGCUUCAGGGAUAAUUUGCAAGCGUUUCCGUACUCUUAUAAUUGUGAUUCGCACACGAUGAAUGACCCGAAUCCUUUGAAAUAACUAAUAGUGUCUUCUCUAUCUUCAAUACCUUUCCAAU